ACCCCCAAAAAAAUCCCACGCACUCCUGCAAGGAAAAACACCCCAGGAUUUAAUUACGAAUCUGUUUUUAAUUUAACUAAGCUAUCAUAAAGAUGACAAAAUUAUUAUUAUUAUUAUUUAUGUCAUUAUUAUCAUUAUAUAAACGUCAUUGGAGUUUACAAUAAUAAACGUUAUCAUUAGAAGUUAUAAUAAUAAUAAUAAUAAUUAUUAUAAUUGUUAUUGUUAUAUACUGGGAAAACAAAAUAUUUGCCGAAACUAACAGCCAAACAAGCUAAAAGAAGGGAAAAAAAGGCGAGAAGGAAAAAAGUGAAUGCAAAAUAUAAAAAAAGUUUUUCGGAAUCAAAAGUAAGAAAACGGGGGGAAAAAAAACAAAAAUAAAAGGAAGCGAUUUUACUUUUAUCAAAGAAUUUAAAACAGUUUUUGUUGCGUAAUAAAAAGCAACAACUACUUCUCUUUUUACCUGGAAAACAGAAUACAAAAGAAAAAAUAUAUUAAUGAAACGAAUGACGAAAACGAAUGAAUAAGCGGAAAAAGGAAAAAAAAUCCAAAAUUAAUAUUUCUAUUUUCAGUUUCGGUUGUUUAAGUGGAUGGUCUCCCUUUGAUUCACGACGCUCUUCAAUACGCUAAAGCAUGUUUUCAUUCAGCGAUGUUGUAGCGUGGACACACAAGAUGGCAGCUUCGGGUAUUCUACCGACCUACCAACGCUACAUCAACGGAGUUCCUAUACCAAAUACGAGGCGGAUUCUUCGAUUCCGCGAGAAAUACAUCGUUCUGUUAGUAUUUGCUAUUUUUGUUACCGUCUGUUUUGGUGGUUUCUUCUUUCUGCCCGAAUUACGCGAUCGAGUCAAUGUAGAUACAUUAGCCAGAGGAGCUCAGCAAAUGUUUUUACCCGAACCGUUCGGAGGAACGCAUGGCAAUGGACAUAAACACGGUCAUUCACGGCAGAAUUCGUUGCAUCAAAUUAAUAGUAAUAACAAUAAUAAAGGUGAUUUAACUCAGGGCAACUCGUCACACACGGGAAACCAACAACAGCAGCAACAACUAAAGAACGAUGGACUCAGUGCAGGUGUGAAAGUAAAACUCGAGGAGAGGUUAAAUAUUAGUAAAGACACAGCAGCCGAAUAUAAGAAAUUAAUCAAUUUGGACAAAAAUAAACUUCAGGAGAAGAUUAAAAAAGCUAAAAUCGAGCAGGAUAAACGUUUAAAGGAAAACGUUGUUUUUGAACAUGAAGGUGGUUACGGGGUACGAGGAGGUGAGCCGGAUGACCCCGUGUACAAAGUUCGACGAGAAAAAGUUAAAGAGGUGAGUUAUAUAUUUUUUUUUCUUUUACAUCUAAUUUGUUUUACCUCUGGAUUCCGUUUCCUGUCUGUCUGUCUGUCAUACCGACAACAAGAAUUGGAAUGAUGCAAAGAUGGGAAUCAGAGACUGACAGAGUGAAAAGAAACGAGACAAAAGGAUUAACUACAAUGGAAACGGUUUUCAGGAAGGAAUUCUAGCAGUGAUUCUAAGAUUCUAAGACGACAAAAUCAGAAACAAUACUCCCCCCCCCACACUAAAAAAUAAAAAAGAAAGCAUGAAAAAAACAAACACAACCAAUAUUGGAAUAUUGUUCAAACAUCAAGGCGACAAAGUAUGUUUCUUUUUUGUAUUUAUUUUUGUAUUGUUAUUAGCAAGGUAAGCAAUUUAACUGGGAAUAUUCUACAUUAGGUUAUUUUCUUUCAUUCUUA